AUGUCUGGACGUCAAGGAGGUAAAGCCAAGCCAUUGAAGGCUCCAAAGAAGAAACAUCAAGAUUUCGACGAUGAAGAUUUAGCUUUCAAAGCCAAACAAAAAGCUGAUGCUGAUGCCAAAAAGAAAAUGGCUGAACAAGCAAAGAAAGGUGGUCCAUUAAUUGGUGGUGGUAUUAAGAAGAGUGAUCAUAAAGACAAUGAAAUAGCAACUAGCUGCCAACUUAGUACAUCUACAGAAGGGGCUGACCUUGGGGAUAAACUAGGAGAUGCACAUUUGAAUAUACUCCCGACAAAGAAAUUAAUGGUAUGCCUAGCAGCUCUAUCGUUAGGUUUAUUUGCAUCAUUUGUUGACCAAACUAGUAUAACAGUUGCAUUACCUAGUAUAGGAAAAGACUUAAAUUCGGAAACAACCAUCAAUUGGGCUUCGGCAGCUUCGUUAUUAGCAAAUUGUGCCUGUCAAGUGCUUUUCGGUCGAUUAGCUGACAUUUUCGGUAGGAAAACUAUGUUGUUAUCGUCGUUGGCUGUGCUUGGUAUCGCCGAUCUUGCUUGUGGGUUUGCUCAAACAGGGGUCCAAUUCUUCAUCUUUAGGGCAUUCACAGGUAUAGGUGGAGGUGGGAUUCAAUCGUUAACAAUGGUCAUGGUGAGUGAUAUUUGUACUCUUAAACAAAGAGGGAAAUAUCAAGGUAUAUUGGGAUCUCAAGUUGGGUUAGGAAAUGCGGUGGGUCCUUUUAUAAUGGCUGCAUUUAUUGAGAAGAAUUCUUGGAGAAAUUUUUAUCAUAUGAUGACUCCUUUAAUUGCUGCAAUUAUGUGUGUUAUUUGGUAUUUCAUCGAUACUAAAGAAUCAUCCAAGAACUUAGACAGUGUUUUAAGUAGAAAGGAAAAGUUUAAGAAACUUGACUAUCUUGGUAUGUUUUUCAGUACCGCAAGUUUGACGUUGUUGUUGAUUCCCUUGAGUGGUGGUGGUUCGACAUAUGCGUGGAACAGUUCAUUAGUCAUUGGUAUGUUCGUGGUUGGUGGAUUAUGUUUAAUUAUUUUUGUCUUGGUUGAAUGGAAGAUCCCCACAUUACCAAUGAUUCCUUUAUCGUUAUUCACAAGACCUUCUCUUGCAAUGAUAUUAGGUUCAAAUUUCUUCUAUGGAAUGGCUUAUUAUGGAUUCACCUAUUAUAUCUCAUACUACUACCAAAUCGUUCGUGAGAAAGAUCCAAUCCACGCUGCUAUAUUGAUGCUUCCAUUAGUUCUCAGUUUAGCAAUUUCAUCUACUUUGGCUGGUCAAUUAGUUAGUUUAACGGGCCAUUACAAGUGGAUUAUUUUAGUAGGAUAUGGUGUCUGGACAGUUGCUUGUGGAUUGACCUUACUUUUUAACAUUAAUACCAACUACGGAGUAAUCGUUGUUAUCUUGUUAGUAAUGGGAAGUGGUGUUGGUUGGACUUUCCAGCCUACAUUAGUUGCAGCACAAAGUCAGUCCAAAAAGUCUGAAAGAGCAGUGGUUAUCAGUGCCAGAAAUGUUCUUCGAUCAUUUGGAGGUGCAAUUGGUAUUGCAAUAGCUUCAUUAAUCGUCAGCAAUACUUUGUUAAAACAAGUGAACCAACAGCUUCAAGGAGAUUCCAUACUUCCAAAGGAAUAUUUAAUCAAUCUUAAAACUCAUAUUUAUUCACAAAUUGAUACAACAGGCUUAUCAGCAGAACAAAUUGUUUUAGUUAAGACCAUGUACAUGAAAUCCCUCCAUAAUUUCUUUUAUUUAACCAUUCCCUUAAUUGGUCUUUGUUUUGUUAGUACCAUAUUUAUCACCGAUCAUGGUCUUCAUUGUAUUGAUGAGGAACCCGAGAAACUAAAUCAUCAGGAUAAAGAGGAAUCAAGUGUCAAUUCAAAUGUAUGA